AAAAUAUUUCGUGUGCAAAUUCGCACACCUUGGAUGCGGGCGCAGCGAAUCGCCAUAAUAAUAUCAAUUUGACGACCCCUCCCGAUCCCGCCGAGCCAGCACGUCCGACUCCGUGACGUCCCCGCCAGAAGGCCACCUACCCCGGGCGCACAGAUUCGAGUCUGUCCUUGCCAACUCUACCCGUCUUUCCUCCUUUCUCUCGCCCUACUCUAGCCAAACCACCAUCAAGAUGGCCGUAGAUCGCGACGACUUCCUCCACCUCUCCAAGCCCCUCGCGCCCUCGGCCGUGGGCUUCAACGCCAACGUCGCCCCCCUCACAGUCACAAUCCAGCCCCAGGCCAUCCUGUCAAUAUUGGACCAUGCUGUCCGCCGAGACAACCGUGACACGCAGGCGACGCGCGUGAUCGGCGCGCUGGUGGGCGUGCGCAGCGAGGACGGCACCGAGGUCGAGGUGCGCAGCACCUUCGCCAUCCCGCACACGGAGAACGAGGACCAGGUCGAGGUGGACGUCGAGUACCAGAAAAACAUGCUGGCCCUGACGCUCAAGGCCAGCCCGCGCGAGGCGCUGCUGGGCUGGUACACGACGUCGCACGAGCUCAACUCGUUCAGCGCCCUGAUCCAGAACUUCUUCGCAUCGCCCGAGACGGGCACCCACCCGCACCCGGCCGUCCACCUGACCAUUAGCACCGAGCCCGGAUCCGAGGUCGAGCCGCGCUGCUACAUCAGCGCCCCCGCCGCCGCCAGCCCCGAGCGCGCCGCCGAGUCGUGCUUCUUCGUCCAGGUGCCGCACCGCGUGCCCCCCGCUGGCGAGUCGGACCGCGCCGCCCUCGAGGCCAUGUCGGCCGCCCGCGACGCCGAGUCGCGCUCCGCCCCCGUCCUGUCCGAUAUCGAGGCCCUGGCCCGGUCGCUCGAGGAGACGCUCGACACGCUCGAUCACGUCAGCGACUACGUCGGCUCCAUCCUGGACGAGGAGAGGGAGUCCUCGCACGCCAUCGGCCAGUACCUCAUGAACAACCUCUCGCUCGCCCCCAAGGUGGACAGCGCCAGCAUCGAGCACGACUUCAACAACCACAUCCAGGACGUCCUCAUGGUCUCGUACCUCGCAAACACCAUCCGCACCCAGAUCGACCUCGCCCAGCGCCUGGCCCUCGCCAACCUGGCCGAUAAGGAGGAGAAGAAGGAGGGCGAGGACGGUGCCAAGCAGGAGCGCGGCGGAGGUGGCGGCCGCGGCGGUAGGGGAGGUCGCGGCGGCAGGGGUGGCGGCAGGGGCAGCGGCCAGCAGAGGGAACCUCGCGAGCCGAGGGAGCCCAGGGAACCCAGGGAGAACGACAACUAGGAGAAGCGCCCGUCUCCCGGCGAGUCAUCCUGGCAAUAAAAAAAACACACACUUUUCUUUGUUCAUCGUUUUUUUUUUUUCGUAUCCGCAUGCUGCCAGUACCAUGAGAACAAAACUCAGGACACAAAACCCCUCGAGGUACAUGUCUCUCAACGUUUAGCGGCUGUCUCCCGUGUAUUUACGGAGCCGGUUGGUGGGGAUGGGUCGGGUCACGCAAGGGGGGAAUCCAAGGGUUUUAGUUGGGCUGUUCCAUGUAUUUUUUUUAUGGCAUUCGGGCCAUGGUCGAGGCUUGUACUUCUCCUCACGUGAGAACCAAGGCGACCUGGAGGGGAACACAUUGGUGAUUGCCAGCUCAUGAAAAAGAAAGGCUAGAAUAACACGAGUUACGCAAGCCAAUUCCCCAUGAUGCCAUGCAUAUAUGCACGGAAUUGGGCAGCAGUGCUGGAGUUCUGCAUAUACAUCCCCUUCACACAGUCUGGCGACCUAUGAAAUCGUUCAUCAUUACUACUUGACUUUCUUCCUUUGCUUGUUGACAAGUAAUAUUCGCAUUAGGUGUAUUCGCUCGCCUAUGCGAAGCAUGCAAACCCAACCUGUACCUUUCUGUAAGGCCUCUGGUCAGCAGCCAUCACAGCAUCGCUGACUCUUGCACAACCAUGAACCAUCAUCUCC